AUGCGCCGCCUGCAGCAGGAGGACCAGCAGUUGAGGACGUCGUCUCCGCCGGCCGUCCCCGACCCCUUCCCCGAGCUCUGCGGCCCCGGGAGCCCCACUGCGCUCACGCCGGGCUCCUUACCUCCUGGCCCGGCUGCUGCGAAGCAGGAUGUAGUCUUUAGCGAAGACGGGACGAGCAAAGUGGUGGAGAUUCUGGCGGACACGACAGCCAGGGACCUGUGCCAGUUGCUGGUUUACAGAAGUCACUGUGUGGACGACAACAGCUGGACUCUGGUGGAGCAUUACCCGCACCUGGGAUUAGAAAGGUGCUUGGAAGACCAUGAGCUUGUGGUCCAGGUAGAGAGCAGCAUGGCAAGUGAAAGUAAUUUUUUAUUCAGGAAGAAUUAUGCAAAAUACGAGUUUUUAAAAAAUCCCACGAAUUUCUUCCCAGAACAGAUGGUUACCUGGUGCCAGCAGUCAAAUGGCAGUCAGACCCAGCUUUUGCAGAAUUUUUUAAACUCCAGUAGUUGUCCCGAGAUUCAAGGGUUUUUGCACGUGAAGGAGCUGGGAAGGAAGUCGUGGAAGAAGCUGUACGUGUGUUUGCCGCGAUCCAGCCUCUAUUGCUCCACAAAGGGAGCUUCAAAGGAGCCCAGACACUUGCAGCUGCUGGCCGACCUGGAGGACAGCCGCAUCUUCUCCCUGAUGGCCGGAAGGAAGCAGUACGGUGCCCCCACGGACUACGGCUUCUGCAUAAAGCCAAACAGAGUCAGGAACGAAGCCAAGGAGCUGCAGUUGCUCUGUGCCAAGGACGAGCAGAGCCGGACGUGCUGGAUGACGGCCUUCAGGCUCCUCAAGUAUGUAAGGCUCCUUUACCAGAACUACAGAAUCCCUCAUCAGAGGAAGGCCGUGCUGUCCCCCUUCUCAACUCCAGUGCGCAGUGUCUCUGAGAACUCCCUUGUGGCCAUGGAUUUUUCUGGGCAAACGGGAAGAGUGAUCGAGAAUCCGGCUGAGGCUCAGAGUGCAGCCCUGGAAAAGGGCCACGCCUGGAGGAAGCGAAGCAAGCGGAUGAAUAUCCUCGAGAGCCAAAGCCCCCUCCACCCUUCCAGCCUAAGUACAGUGAUUCACAGGACGCAGCACUGGUUUCACGGCAGGAUCUCCAGGGAGGAGUCACACCGGAUCAUUAAGCAUCAGGGACUCGUGGAUGGGCUUUUUCUCCUCCGUGACAGCCAGAGUAAUCCAAAGGCAUUUGUCCUCACAUUGUGUCAUCAUCAGAAAAUUAAAAAUGUCCAGAUCUUACCUUGCGAGGAUGACGGGCAGACCUUCUUCAGGCUUGACGACGGGAACACCAAAUUCUCUGACCUGAUCCAGCUUGUUGACUUUUACCAGCUGAACAAAGGGGUCCUGCCUUGCAGACUGAAGCACCACUGCAUCGGGGUAGCCUUAUGA